CUUUGGUAAUUGCACAAUUUCUUCUUUUUGGGAGUAGUACGAAUAGGUUAGAUUUUAUUUUGGGGUUUUGUGCUUUGAAAUCUAAAAUAGAAGUAAUAAUUAUUUUCAAAUAUGGCACAAAGUAAAAUAAAUGAUAUGGCAGGAAAGUUUGCCAAAGGCGGCCCACCUGGAUUGGGUAUAGGUCUAAAAGUAGUGGCUGUCGUCGGUGCGGCGGCCUAUGGCAUCUCUCAAUCAUUGUAUACCGUUGAAGGUGGUCAUCGUGCCAUCAUGUUUAACAGGAUAGGCGGAGUGCAGCAACAUGUCAUGAGUGAAGGUAUGCACUUUCGCGUUCCGUGGUUCCAGUAUCCCAUCAUCUACGACAUUAGAUCAAGACCCCGCAAAAUUUCCUCUCCUACCGGCUCCAAAGACUUGCAAAUGGUGAAUAUAUCAUUGAGAGUUCUCUCACGCCCUAACUCCAGCACGCUGCCUACCAUGUACAGACAACUUGGUACUGACUAUGAUGAAAAAGUGUUACCCUCUAUUUGCAACGAAGUUCUUAAAUCAGUAGUUGCUAAAUUCAAUGCUUCCCAGCUUAUCACGCAACGUCAGCAAGUAUCCCUGCUCAUUAGGCGAGAACUGGUGGAACGCGCAGCUGAUUUCAACAUAAUUCUUGAUGAUGUAUCUCUCACCGAGCUAAGUUUUGGCAAAGAGUACACUGCUGCUGUUGAAGCUAAACAAGUAGCACAGCAGGAGGCUCAGCGUGCCGCUUUCGUGGUUGAAAGGGCUAAGCAGGAGCGCCAACAGAAGAUUGUGCAAGCCGAGGGAGAAGCUGAAGCUGCAGAGAUGUUGGGUAAAGCUAUGGGAAUGAACCCUGGAUACUUGAAAUUAAGGAAAAUCCGUGCAGCUCAAAGCAUUUCAAGAAUGAUUGCACAAUCUCAAAAUAGAGUAUUCCUCCCUGGCAACAGUUUGAUGAUCAACCUGCAGGACCCCACCUUUGACGACUUGUCGGAGAAACUCACCAAGAAGAAGUAACAUGAGGAUGAGAGUGUGUGCGCUGAAGGGCUGAAGCCAGCGACCACUCUUACAGAUGAAGCCGCUGUUAUAAUCAGUGGUGCUACUUCAGUCGCAGUUUGAAUGUUGCAUUAAUAUAGGAAGCAUUUCACAAAACAAACAAAAUUAUGAUGUUCCACUUAUAUAUGUUGCAUUUUACGUUAUUUAGUUAUGUAGGUAACUUAGUGUGUAUGUAUGGUCAGAUGAUGGCAAAAUAAAAACCUUAAAAAUA